AUGUCAGGAACGGGGCCAAGAUACAAUGUUUUUCCUACACGAAUGGCGCUAUCCACGAUGAAAAUGAGACUAAAGGGCGCAAAGACAGGUCACAGCUUGUUAAAACGUAAGAGCGAAGCUCUCACCAAACGUUUUAGAACUAUAGUUCAAAAGAUCGAUGAUGCCAAGCGAAAAAUGGGCAAAGUAAUGCAGGCGGCCUCGUUUUCUCUAGCCGAAGUUACCUAUACCGCGGGUGACAUUAGUUAUCAAGUCCAAGAAAGUACAAAGACCGCUCAAUUACGCAUUCGUACGAAACAAGAGAAUGUGUCCGGAGUAAUGCUUCCUGCAUUCGAAAGUUACCUGGAGGGAGGAAACGCCUUCGAACUGACUGGUCUCGGGCGUGGUGGUCAACAAAUUCAAAAAUGUAAGGAAACAUACAUUAAAGCUGUUGAAUCUUUGGUUGAAUUGGCCUCUUUGCAGACUGAUGGCAUUAACAGACCAACGGUCAAUGAUACCUCACCUCUGGAAGAACGUCAAAAGAAAUCUGGGAGAACAAAAGUCUAA